AAGCUUUGAAGAGGAGUAACGAGGUUCACGUGUGUAACAGUGUCACAUCCUGGAACAGUAACCUAUGAAGUGCUGAGCAGGGACUGGCAAGGGCCGAUCAGCAGCAUGCCCCUCCUCACCAUGCACAGCCGGCAGAUCAGCUGGACUCCACUGCUGCUACUGGGGUACCUCUUUUACCUCCUCCUGGGUGCUAUGGUGUUCCAGCUGCUGGAGAAGCAGGCAGAAACACAUUUUCGGGACCAGUUCCAGCUGGAAAAGCUCAAGUUCCUGCAGAAUUACACAUGCUUGGACCGACAAGCCCUGGAGCAGUUUGUACAGGUCCUCAUGGAAGCAUGGGAAAAAGGGGUCAACCCAGAAGGAAACUCUACAAAUCCCAGUAACUGGGACUUCAGCAACUCCUUCUUUUUUGCAGGAACUGUUGUCACCACUAUAGGUUAUGGCAACCUGUCCCCCAGCACAGUGUCAGGGCAGAUCUUCUGUGUGUUUUAUGCCUUAUUUGGAGUGCCCCUCAACCUGGCCUUCCUCAAUCAGCUGGGAAAAGCUCUCAAUGCUCAUCUGCUUGCCCUGGAAAGAUGGGUGCAAAAGCCAGGGCGUGCCCAGGUGGUUCAAACACUGGCAGUGGUCAUCUUCCUGAUCACUGGGACCUUGCUUUUCCUGGUGUUCCCACCAUUAGUCUUCAGUUAUGUAGAAGGCUGGAGCUACGGAGAAGGCUUUUACUUCACCUUCAUCACCCUGAGCACCAUUGGAUUUGGGGACUAUGUAGUAGGCACAAACCCCAACAAGCACUAUAUCCCUGUGUACAGGAGCCUAACUGCGAUAUGGAUUGUUUUUGGCUUGGCCUGGCUGGCUCUGGUUUUCAACGUGGGAGCUGACUUGAUGGAAAGAUACCUUCAGCUAAAGUGGCACAAGUCUGACUUAAGCUUGGCAGAAGGAGACACCACCAAAUUGGAAGAUGAACCUGAGCAGCCUAGGAUCCAUAUCCCUAGCUGAGUAAGGGUAUCAUCCAAGCCUACAAGAGUGGCAUAACCCUACAGGGAAACACCACUAGCCUGGGCAAGUGGGACUACAGUGGG